UCUCCGUGGACGCGCCGCCGAGAACGUCGGUCAUUGCGAGGAGGAGAACUGCCCGCGGGAAAUCGAACGGAUGUCGGUCUUCUUCUGCAUUCGUAAAAAAAUUAUUGCCGACUCCGCAGAUUGAUAUUUAGAAUGAAGAAGUAUAAGGAAUACAGUGCCUAAAGAAGAGAGGAAAGAAAAAAGGGAAAGAAGCGAAGAGCCACGAUCGGCGAAGCGGUUCGCAAUCUCACGAGAUAUCGGACUCGGCGAUUGUAGCGACCCGGCCUGACCUGUUGCAACUUUGUCAAUAAAAUUGAUAUUGUGCAAAUUGCGCGCCAAUCUUGUUCGGAUUCCUAGAAAGAAAUCCAUUUCUAAAUUGUCGGUAUAAAUGAUAACUGACUUCGUACUGUAGAUAUCCAUGCCUCAAGGUCUUCGGAGUGAAAACAGGACGGGCGUCCAAAGUAAUUGGCAAAGACGUAUGAAAGUCAUAGAAUACGAACUGUCGGUUAAAUUCAGUGCCAAACACGGCGAGGCUCUCAGUAUCGACGAAGUAAUGUCGGUGAUGACGUUUCAACCGUUUUCGAUACUUAAUAAAGAGUAAUCGAGUAAGUCGUCAUCAGCGAAUUAAUCCACGUGUGCAAAACAAAGACUAGAGGGGAAUCGAAGAAGACUCAAUUCGGAUCAUUUGCCAUCUGGAUUACGGUGGAAAGAUGCGUCUACACAUGGGGAUCUUUAUCGUUUUCCUCGUCGGGAGUAUCGCGGCCGACUGGCCGAUUAACCCACUGAUGAGAGUAUGGUACACAUUCCUGCCACAUUCGUCGUCCGAAUCUCCGACCAACAAAGAGGACGACUGCGCCGGCUGCGCGCAGAAUAAAGUCAACGUGAUCGAUCCCGAUCCGCUGUUGACCGAGCUGAGGGUGGAGUACGUGAAGAAUCAGAUCCUGAAGAAGCUACGGCUGUCAAAGCCGCCUGAAGUCUCGAUGCCACUGUCGACCUUGCCUAAACCUCUGAUCAACGGCAAUGUGCUUCGACCUGACUUGGAAAGGCCGGCGGAGAACUUUUACGGGAAAACCAAUCAGGUCGUCGUGUUUCCAACCGAAGGUGUGGCCGAUUCGAAAUAUCAUCAAAGUUCGAAUCAUAUAACGGGGUUCAAUCCGGCUGCCUGUUUCACGUUUGACCUGCCGAACGAGAUGCUGUACGUAGACGUGACCUCGGCAGAGCUUUGGUUCUACAAGGAACAGGUCGAGAACGACGAUGGGCUCAAGCAGACAUUCGUGCUAUCUGAGCUCGAUCACUGGGACCAAGGCGGCAGAUUCGAAAAGAACACCGUCAUGGCAAUCUUCGAGACCGACGUCGGAGAGGGCUGGGUGAAAACAGACAUAAAAUUUGUAGUAAAGAAAUGGAUAGGCCGACACCGAUUAAAUCACGCCAUCCAGUUAGCUUGCACGACUUGCUCGACUGACCGCGACAGAGCGCCGGUGUCCACCGAGCAAACCCUAAAACCGUUUCUGGUAAUCCACACGGAACCAUUGCCACAGCGGAAUAGGCCCAAGAGGCAUUCGAAUUGUCUGCCCGAGAUGACGGAGUGCUGUCGGGAUGAGCUUUACAUUAACUUCACGGAUAUCGGUUGGAGCGACUGGAUCUUACAUCCCAGCGGAUACCACGCGUAUUUCUGCCGAGGUUCCUGUUCCACGGCUGCUGCCUUAACCAUCAGCGGCUCGGAAUACAACAACGUUAUUAUGAAGUUGAUGACCAAAGAGGGACAUCAAAAGAACAAGAUAGUGCCAUGCUGCUCGCCGACGCAGCUCGCCCCGCUCCAACUGCUCUACGUCAACUCGAACAACACGAUCACACAGAAAACAUUGCCGAACAUGGUGGUGGAAGCUUGCGGUUGCAUGUGACACCGCUGCCCCGAAGGCAGAGGGUGAGUAGAACCAUUACCGUCGGUGACGACGAGAAGACGAUGACCAGCAUCUCACGCCACCCACCCCGUCCGAGACUUUCGCUCGCGCUUAAUCGUCGUGAAACCGAACUCGGUUGGACUCUUGCAAAAUCCGUUCGUCUUUUGAUUCGAACACGAAGACGUAUGGUCGAGCGGAAAUGUACGACGAUCACGACGUCGAGAUAGCAGGUGAUUAAAGAUAAGGGCAUGCUAUUGUCACGUCACGCGAGCUCUCUCUCUCUCUCUCACUCUCUUGUUGUAUUAUAAUAAUAUCGUUUAUAUUUGCUGGCUGUGUACAUAGUCUGUAUUUCAUUGAUAUUAUGUGACUCAUAAUUUUUCCAUUAACUACAUGCGAUGUAACGCGUGAUUUUCACGUGCGCUGAAAAAAGCGUGAUAUCAUGUGAUGUCAUCCAUUUUGAUAAAAUGCUUCAUUUAUCUUGAAUGACUCAAAUCGUAAAAACGACUUGCACUUUUUUUUUUUACAUCGGGCAAAAACGAAUGCAAUUGAUAUGCUCGUUCGAUAAUGUAACAUGACGAAAUACGAGCUUUCGUGAUGCAACAAUGGUGUGUUUUCGAAACCUGGAAUUUCAUCCUUAGGUUGAUUGCCCAAGCCACGAAAUCGACUCGAGCUAACGCUUGCGGCGCCAGGGGAAAUUAAGGCGUAAAUUAAGGCGAGCCGAAGCGUGGAGAGAGCUCGUUACGUAUUUUAGCGUAAAUACCGACACCCCCGUGUGCCCAUCGUACGUCUACGAAGCCGACAGCGAGAGACCUUUCUGGCAAUUUCGACAAUGAACUUUACCACGCGUGCGCCCCCGUUGCAUCUGACUACUUACAAAAGGCCUUGCGUUUUUACUGCGAGACACAUCGCCGAAAACACUCUGACCCUCAGUUUACAGAUUCUGAUUAAUUAUCUUUUAACGAGGCGAUAUGAUUUUUAUAACAAGAAAUGUAUAAUGAAAGUUGUAAUGUAUCGCUUAAUUUCUUGUCUUUUCUACGUAUUCAAAUGGAAAAAAGAAGCGAUUUUGGAGAGUAUAUUUUGGAAAAAUAUUCUCAAACUCUCGGUCUCUCACCCGAGUGCCACAUAACGCACAUGCACACUUUACUACUUCUAGUUUCAAAUUAUUGUCACAUUUCUAAGAGAAAUCCGCACGUAAUAUCGCGCUAAGAUAACGUUUCAUGAAUGGAUUAAUUCAAACAUGUCAAUUGCUUUUAAUCCGUUCAGUCAUUUGACAUCAAAUAUCCAUAAGAGAUACGUCUAUAGGCAAAUUUGCCAUUGAACUUUGCACAUCGUAAUUUCUGCGUGUCUGAAAAAUGGACGGUGUAAUAAAAUUACGUGAUAAAUAUUUCUCGAAGAUAUGACGACAAUUUAGAUAGAGCCGACUAUAAUAUAUGUAUAUGACAAACAACUCGCAACAGAAGCCGUACAGUAUUUUCUCACUAUCUAAUACACAAUCCGAAAAUGUUACAUCAAAUCCAGGCAUGCAUUUAAUUUUAAGAAGCACGAUAAGUAUGUUCGUAAAUUUUAUUUAUUGCUAAAAUAGGAUUAAAUGUUGUCACCUUCUCGUUGACGGUUAGCUCGCAGGCAUGACUAAAGCAAGCAAUAUAACGCAAUAACGAUUAUUCUAGAAGUAAACACGAGCGAUUAUGACUUAUAGUAUAUUAUUAAACGGCACGCUAAGCACCGACUGCAGUUGACAGGUCAAGAUAAACGGCGAGUGGCUUGACUUUGUCGAAAACUUCCGGAGCAAUAAAACGCGAUCCAAUAUUUUCUUUUUUUUUUUGCGGAAAUCUUACGGGAGACUCGCACUGAGCGAGAGAUGAUCAAUCGAUUUUCGCGCUCUCUAAAUCUCGAAUCAGUGAAAUCUUAUUGGUUCGCAGUGCUAUACUUGUAACUGUAAUCAUCAGUGACUAUCUUUCACUGAUUUUGAUUAAGAGGAAGAUAUUCUCAUUAAUCAGAAUCAGAGCAUACAUCACUGAUUGAUAUAGAUUGAUAUAAGUGUAGCAUUGAAAUCGGACUAUUCACUGUCAUUCAUUGAUUCCGAUUCAGAGAGCGGCAUUCAAAUGCCGUUAAAAAUAUUCGAGACCGACGAGAUGGAUUCUUUUCAUAUUUCAAUUGUCAUGAACUUCCGAGCCGCCUUUGUCAAUUUUAAGGAUAUUUUAGCUAUACAAUACAAACUAAAAGUUAUCAAAAUUUCAAAACUGAAA